CCGGCAACGCGGCAUUCGUGAGAUACAACUCGUGGUGGUCGGACGAAGUUCAGCGGCUGCUCCGAUAUCUGGAUAUCAUCUGGAACUGUGCUGGUUCUGUUCUGUUCUGAUCUGUUCUGUUCUGUACUGUUCUGUACUGUUCCUCGCUCUUUGUGCGCCUGCAUUGCAUUGCAUUGUGUGUGUGUGUGUUUUUGUUGUUUCCUGGCGCUGUGUAUUUUUGUUUUCGUUGUCACUUUGCCACUUUGCUGCCACCUUGCAAACGGUCAACUCCUCCCGCCGGACCAGCGAUCCAUUCAACAUUCGAGAUUAACUCGCGAUCCCAGCAAGCGGCUACCAAGAGCACCAGCAUCCCAGCUGCGCAUCUGAAAUCAUAUCCACAUCCACAUCCAGAACACAGAGCCACCAGAGCACCAGCAUGUCGGACGGCAUCGAGGUCGAGCAAUUGGUGGAGAGCAAGCCGAGAAGGAUGCCACUGGCCACGUCGCUGGAGAAGGACUCGAUUCGCGAGGCCUACGAGGAUGUGCGCUCCGAUCUGACGGACACCGAGUGGGCGGUAUUCAAGUUCGAUGGCGCCCAGAUCAUUGUCCAUGCACGCGGCCAGUGCUUCGAGGAAUUCCGCCAGCAGUUCGGUGACUCGGAGCGCGCCUUUGGCUACAUACGCAUCCAGAUGGGCGACGAGAUGUCCAAGCGCAAGAAGUUCAUCUUCCUGACGUGGAUCGGCCAGGAGGUGGGCGUCAUCCAGCGGGCCAAGAUGUCCACGGACAAGGCACUGAUCAAGGAUGUCCUUAAUAAUUUCGCCGUGGAACUGCAGGCGGGCGUGGAGGCCGAACUGGACAUUGAGCUUUUCAGGGAGGCACUGAACCGUGCCGGCGGUGCCAACUACGGAACGGGCAUCCGGGAUAACUAAGCGGCCUCCAAGUUACUUUAUAUAUACAUUUUUUUUUUUGCAACUCUUAACUGCUUACCAAACUGCUCCUUUCUCUUUAAUUAUUAUGAAUUAAUUUUAUGAAAUUUAAAAACUGUACAUUUUAUGUAAUAUUAUACAAGCAAUUGUAACAUUA